CCUCGCGGCUCAGUUCAGUUCAGUUCGGAUCCAUUUUGGCUUCCGGCUGCCGCUGCUGCCUCGCUGGCGUCGCGAUCCCGCGCGCACCGCUGAACUUCUGGGCGGCGCCGUUGCCAAUUGGGGGUCUCUCGUGGCGCGGCGACCGAGUCACCGAUAGUUGCUAUCUGCUUGGAAUGUGGAUUUGCUGUGCUGAGCGGGGAUGUUGAUACUUCAAUGCUGCAGCUGAGGCUUUGACCAGUUGUUGCCACCUUGCUGACCCUGUUUUCCCUCUAGCGUUAGAAGGAAGCAAUGGCUAUCGGAGAGGAGAGAUAUGUGAGGUUUCAGGACUGGAGAUCAGAGCAAUCUGUUGGGUCUGAUAGGGUAGUUUCAGAAAGAAGGCAUAAAUUCGUUGGCUUGCUAAAGGACAGAACUGCAGGAGCCUUUUCAUUCCUAGGGAACCCUUCACAUUCUGAAACCCUAAACAAAUCAGCUUGGGAGGAAAGGAAGUCUAAAACAAAAGUACUUGAUCCUCAGGGGCCAUUUUUGCAGAGAUGGAACAAGAUAUUUGUGAUAACAUGUCUUUUUGCAGUUUCUGUGGACCCAUUAUUCUUGUAUAUCCCAGUAAUUGACGGUGAGAAGAACUGCCUGUAUUUGGAUCAGAAGUUGGAAACCGCAGCAAGUAUCCUACGCUUUUUCACAGAUAUCUUCUAUUUACUCCAUAUGAUAUUUCAGUUCAGGACGGGCUUUAUUGCUCCUUCUUCUAGAGUGUUUGGUCAAGGUGUCUUGGUUGAUGACACAUUCGCGAUAGCGAAGCGGUAUCUAUCAACAUAUUUUCUGGUUGAUUUCUUUGCUGUUCUGCCCCUCCCUCAGGUGUUUGUUUUGGUGGUGCUGCCCCGUCUACAAGGUUCUGAAGUUAUGAAGGCAAAAAAUAUAUUACUGGUUAUAAUUAUAUGUCAAUAUGUUCCUCGACUGCUUCGAAUAAUACCACUUUACCUCCAAAUCACGAGAUCGGCGGGUAUAAUUACAGAGACAGCAUGGGCUGGUGCUGCUUUUAACCUUUUAAUUUAUAUGCUUGCUAGUCAUGGCUUUGGAGCUCUUUGGUAUAUUCUUUCCAUUCAACGAGAAGACUCCUGUUGGAGAAAAGCAUGUAGUAGCCAGGAUGGCUGCGAUCCUACAUCUUUAUAUUGUGGGAGUAAUGUAUUUGGGAAUAAUACUUUCUUACAAAAUGCUUGUCCAACUAAUGGCACUGAUAAUCCAGACCCGAUCUUUGGAAUAUUUCUUCCAGCUCUAACAAAUGUUUCACAAUCAACGAGUUUCUUUGAAAAACUAUUCUAUUGCUUUUGGUGGGGACUGCAGAAUCUAAGUUCUCUUGGUCAGAACAUGAAAACAAGCACUGAUACAUCAGAGAAUUUGUUUGCUGUUUUUGUCUCGACGUCGGGUUUGGUUUUAUUUGCACUCCUCAUUGGUAACGUGCAGACCUAUUUACAAUCAGCCUCUGUGCGUAUAGAAGAAAUGAGAGUGAAAAGGCGUGACACGGAGCAAUGGAUGGCACAUAGGUUACUUCCUGAGAACCUCAAGGAGCGAAUAAUACGUCAUGAACAAUAUAGGUGGCAAGAAACAAGAGGAGUUGAUGAAGAGGGCCUUCUUGCAAAUCUUCCCAAGGAUCUUAGGAGGGAGAUAAAACGGCAUCUUUGUCUGUCACUUCUCAUGAAGGUACCAAUGUUUGAAAACAUGGACGAGCAACUCUUGGAUGCCAUGUGUGAUCGUCUAAAGCCCAUGUUGUACACAGAAGGAAGCUGCAUCAUUUGCGAAGGUGACCCAGUGAAUGAAAUGCUCUUCAUCAUGAGAGGAACACUCGAGAGUAUGACAACAAAUGGUGGACAAACGGGCUUCUUCAACUCCAAUGAUCUGAAAGGCGGCGACUUCUGUGGUGAAGAGCUCCUAACAUGGGCUCUAGACCCCACUUCAGCUUCAAACCUUCCUGGCUCAACCAGGACAGUGAAGACGUUGUCUGAAGUUGAAACUUUUGCUUUGAGGGCUGAUGAUUUGAAGUUUGUUGCCACCCAAUUCAGGAGGCUGCACAGCAAACAGCUCCAACAUACCUUCAGGUUUUAUUCACAGCAAUGGAGAACCUGGGCUGCUUGCUUUAUACAGGCAGCAUGGCACAGAUACUGCAGAAAGAAGCUGGAAGAUACUUUAUAUGAGAAGGAGAAGAGGUUACAAGCGGCAAUUGUAAGUGACGGCUCUAGUUUGCUCAGUCUUGGUGCAGCGCUCUAUGCUUCACGUUUUGCUGGCAACAUGAUGCGAACCUUACGGAGAAACGCCACCCGAAAGGCCCGUUUGCAGGAAAGAGUGCCUGCAAAGUUGUUACAGAAGCCAGCAGAACCCAACUUUUUCGCUGAAGAUGGGUGAUUUUUUCCCCGUACCCUGUUAUUACAAACAGACAUUCAUGAUCCAACCGGUAAAAUUUGUUCACACGCCUUGCUUGAUCUACUUGUAAUCUUUUAGUGUUCUCACAAUUUAUGAUUGGAUGCUGUACAUAGAUAAGUGGUCUGAAGCUGUAUGCUUUUGAUCAGUACAUUCAAUCUAUCGUUGGAUUCUUUAUCAGUACAUGUCAUAUUAGUUCUGGAUACAGUAUGCUUGUAUUAUACGCAUUCCAAAUUGUAUUCCUACCACUUGUGAAUUCCGAAGACAGAAGAUGAUGUAAAUGUAACUGGCCAAUUGUUUGUUAA